CCUUCCCAUGACCUGGAAAAAUUGCGAAAUUUCUUGUUUAGGUCCUAAGACAAAACAACAGAUAAGCCGAGGUUAACUGUAGGGUCACAAUACUAAACCUAGUUUAAACAGUCUUAAAGUGACAAUGGCGCAGCUCGGUUCCAUCAUUUCGCUAAUAUUACUUUUUGUUGUUGUAAACAGUGGUAAAAGUGCAAUUUUUGAAAAUGUAACAGUUUUACUAACAACCGAAUGGAACAAACUUUUCUAUUUCGGACGCACUCCUAUGGAAAAAGUUUAUAUAGCGUCGUCUGACACGCUCGCCGAGUUUGUUAAUUUGCAACCCUUGGAAAUAGUUUGGAUUCGUAACGGAAACAUCCCUUAUCUCCGCAAAAAUUCUCUUUCUAAUUUGCCAAAUAUCGUCCAAAUCUCAGUAGUGUCAAGUGGGGUGAAAAAAAUCGAUCCUGGGACGUUCCAAAAUGACCCAAAAUUGGACAUAAUCAACCUUGAAAAUAACCAAAUCGAGGAAAUUCCAAAUGGGGCGUUCACAGGUCUCCAUUUAAAAGCCUUGUAUUUAAAUAAUAACCAAAUUUCAAGAUUGGGGAGUGCGGCGUUUAGUAACAUGACAAUGACUGUGCUCAAGUUGGAUAAUAACAAGAUUUCGAGGUGGAGGAGUGAGGUUUUCAUGGGUACUCCCAUUGGUACCUUAUCUUUGGCUAAUAAUCUUAUCGAGGAAAUACCAGCAAAUGCAUUUUCCUACGGAUUUCAGUUUAAAAGGAUUAAUGUUCCAUUGGCAGCCUGGCACGUGGUUUUGUCCCAAAAUCGUAUUCGCAAGAUUCACCCACAAGCCUUCAAUAUGGUUAAUGGUUUUGGUUAUCUGAGUCUUGCUGAUAAUUAUUUGACGGAUUUACCGAAGAAUUUGUUCCGUUAUGUGAAAAAUAUAAACACUUUAGAUUUGACAAAUAAUCAAAUUUCUGACGUGAGAGGAGUGUUUGAUGACAUUAAUAUAAACCAGUUGGUGCUAAUUAACAAUACUAUGAAUUGUUUCCCUGAUGAGGUGUUUGACAUUUCAAGGAUUAAUUUCGUGUUUCUUGAUGGCAAUCCUGUGACUUGUGGGUGUGUAUCAAUGUGGAAAGACAUCCAAUUAAGAAAUAACAUUUGGGUUGUCUUCAAUAUGAAAGAAUUAGAGAAGAAUUGUAUUGAAAAAUAAUUGUAAACAAUAUUUGAAUAAACUAGUUUUGACAUUUUUGACGUAA